ACAACUGUAUUUUGACAUUAACGAUCGAUAUAUUGCGCUGUUUGUUUUUAUUUGGUUCGGCAGUUUAGUAACGUUUUUUGUCUUAAAACUUUUAUAAAUUAAUCGAAAUGUUUAAUCAGAGUUCAAUUGGCGGUUUUGGGAGCACUUCCACUCCAAGUACAGCAAACCCAAUGAAAGACUUUGAAGUAACUCAACCUCCAGACGACUCUAUAAGUUCUUUAGCAUUUUCUCCUGCAACAUUACCUCAGAAUUUUUUGAUAGCUGGAAGUUGGGACAACAAUGUACGUUGUUGGGAAAUCGAACAAACGGGAAAAAGUGUCCCAAAAUCCAUGCAAGCAUGUGGGGGGCCAGUGCUUGACGUCUGUUGGAGUGAUGAUGGCACAAAAGUAUUUAUGGCGGGCUGUGAUAAACAGGCCAAAGCUUGGGAUUUAGCAAGUAAUCAAGUGAUACAAGUUGCACAACAUGAUGCACCUAUCAAGACAUGUCACUGGAUAAAGGCUUCAAACUACUCAUGCUUGAUGACUGGGUCUUGGGAUAAGACUUUGAAAUUUUGGGAUACUCGCACUCCUAAUCCCAUGAUGAGCAUUAAUCUGCCUGAGAGGUGUUACUGUGCUGAUGUGGACUAUCCUAUGGCGGUGGUUGGGACUGCAGGGCGCCAGAUAAUCGUUUAUCAAUUAGAGGGCAAGCCCCAACAGUACAAAGUGCUUGAUAGUCCUCUGAAAUACCAACAUCGCUGUGUGGCCAUAUUUAGGGAUAAAAAGAAAUCUCCAACAGGAUACGCUUUAGGUUCAGUGGAAGGCCGCGUCGCUAUUCAAUACGUUAAUCCAGCCAACCCCAAAGAUAAUUUUACUUUUAAAUGUCACAGAUCCAAUGGGGCACCAAAUGGCUAUCAGGACAUUUACGCCGUUAAUGACAUUGCGUUCCACCCAGUUCAUGGUACUUUGGCCACUGUUGGGUCUGAUGGUUCUUUCAGUUUCUGGGAUAAAGACGCACGUACCAAAUUGAAAUCAUCCGAGCUUAUGGAACAACCAAUCACGCGUUGCGCUUUUAAUAGCAAUGGUCAAAUCUUCGCUUACGCUGUUAGCUAUGACUGGUCUAAAGGCCACGAAUUUUACAAUUCAACUAAGAAGAAUUACAUUUUCUUGCGAUCAUGUUACGAUGAAUUGAAACCACGAACUUCUUCAUAACUUGUUACUUUAUACUUCCGUAGUAGCUUUCAGUUAUUAUCAGGUUUAAUAAUUUUGUCUCACUUAUGUAUUUACAGUUUAUUUAAACAAUUACAAGUUACUACAAGCA